AUGAGCUCCUCUCUGGAGGCCAAGAUCGUCGUCCUGGGCGCGCAGGGAGUUGGAAAAACCUCACUCGUGCAACGCUACGUCCGCAACGACUUUAAUCCCUCCACAACAACCUCCACCGUCGGCGCAUCCUUCGUUACAAAACGCGUCCUCGAUACUCCCUCCGACACAACCGUGCGGCUACAAAUAUGGGACACAGCUGGUCAGGAGAGAUUCAGAAGCAUUUCACGCCUCUACUACCGCGGCGCACACGCCUGUUUACUAUGCUAUGACAUUACGGAUGAGAACUCCUUCCAAGAGAUGGCCGGCUGGCUCCGCGAACUGCGGCGUAACCUCGGCACUGAAAGCGGUGGAGCAGCUAGCGGUGUAGAAGAUCAGCAACCCCUCGUGAUACACGUAGUCGGGACGAAGUCAGACAUCGUCUCUGAAGAUCCUAGCCGUCGACGCAUCCCCUUCGAACGAACCAUCGCCUACGUCGCCGAACAACUCUACCCCACACAAGCAUCCACCCCGCCCGCCACCGCCAUGGGCAUCAGCAACGCAGGACUGGGCUUUGGAUCUGGCGUCUUUGGCAAUGGUGGGGGCGGGGCUGGUGGUCCUGGCCCUGGCCCUGGCAGUAUCUCUGCUUCGGCAGGAAGCACCAGUGCGUUCGGUGUCGCGACUUCAGUGGGUGCUUGUGCAUUACAGAGCCCGGAUAGUAAACGGAGCUCUGCCUUCUGGGGACAAGAGAUCGGGUGGGACUGCUGCCAUGAGAUCAGCGCCAAAGACGGAGAAGGCAUCGAAGAAGUAUUCCGUGUUAUUACACGGAAACUGGUUGAACAGCGGAAUCGACGAGACGCAGAGGCUGCUGCACUAGCUGCAAUGACCCCAGGCAUAGAUGGGGUCUUUGGCAUGCCGACCCCCAGUGUGGAGGGGAGCUUCCGGCUGGGGAUCGGGGAUAAGAGAAGAAGUUGGCUCGGACUGGCGACGCCGAAUAUCGAGACUGAGGAGGUCCGGGUUGUUCAAGCACGCCGGCGGGGGGGGGAUGCUGCUAGCAAAGCAGCAGAGUGUAUCCGAUUUUUUUGUACCUGGCGGUUUGUCUCUGGUUUGAUUUCUAAUACCUCGUUUUCUUUUUCUGUUUUUUUCUCUCCCUGA